UGGGAGGCCACCAAGGAUCAACAAGAAUUGAGGGACAUGUAGGCUGGAAUCUCUGAGCUGCCCAGCAUCCAGACACCCCACCGACACCUACUUCUAUACCAUACCAAGGCCACUGCCUGCCCAAGGUCAUUUCACUGUGAAGCCCAGCUCCAGGCACUGGGGGCACAGUGUGGGAGGGCGUGCACAGACAUGUGUGAGGCAUUAGCCCCAUCUGGGCUGCCUGGCGCAGUGACGGCCCUGGGGUUGCUGUCUUAGAGGUGGUUCUUGGCAGCUGGAGAACUGGGGUGGGGCAGUCUCCCCGGCCUGGAAGACAGAAGCUUUCUUAACAUCGGCCUGGAAUGCAGAGUAGCUCCUCUCUCCCCACAUCCUCUGCCAUACCGGUCAGGAGUCGAGCAGAACCGACCUUGUCAUGUGGACCAGCUGGUGGCUCUGGGCCCUGAUGGCCGCAUGUGCUGGGCAAUCGUUGCGUGAGGAGGCGGAGAGGAUCAUGAAGACAACAGGUGUCAUCGAUGGGCACAAUGACCUGCCCUGGCAGCUGCUGACCAAGUUCAACAACCAGCUGCAGGAUGAGAAGGCUAACCUGAACACCCUGAGCAGCACACACACCAACAUCCCAAAGCUGAAGGCUGGCUUCGUAGGUGGCCAGUUCUGGUCUGCAUACGUGCCUUGUGACACCCAGAACAAAGAUGCUGUGAAGAGGACACUGGAACAGAUUGAUGUAAUCCACCGCAUGUGUCAGGCGUACCCCGAGACUUUCAUGUGUGUUACCAGCAGUGAAGGCAUCCAGAAGGCCUUCCAGCAGGGUAAGGUGGCCAGCCUGGUGGGCGUGGAGGGUGGCCACUCCAUCGACAGUAGCCUGGGUGUCCUGCGGGCGCUGUAUCACCUGGGGAUGCGCUACCUGACCCUCACCCACAGCUGCAACACACCCUGGGCUGACAACUGGCUGGUGGACACCGGGGAUGACAAGGCCGAGAGCCAGGGGCUGUCAGAUUUUGGGAAGAGUGUGGUGAGGGAGAUGAACCGCCUGGGUGUCAUGAUUGACCUGGCCCAUGUGUCAGUGGCCACCAUGAAGGCAGCCCUGCAGCUGUCCUCAGCGCCCGUUAUCUUCAGCCACUCAUCCGCCUACAAGCUGUGCCCCCACAAGCGGAAUGUGCCCGAUGACGUGCUGGAACUGGUGAAGAGCACGGGCAGCUUGGUGAUGGUGAAUUUCUACACUGACUACGUGUCCUGCUCGGACAAGGCCAACCUGACUCAGGUGGCUGACCAUCUGGACCACAUAAAGAACGUGGCCGGAGCCCAGGCUGUGGGCUUUGGUGGAGACUAUGACGGUGUGACCAGGCUGCCUGAGGGGCUUGAAGACGUCUCCAAGUACCCAGACCUGGUGGCCGAGCUGCUCCGGAGGAAAUGGACAGAGGAGGAGAUCAGGGGUGCGCUGGCAGAAAACCUCCUGAGGGUCUUUAAGGAAGUGGAGCAGGUGAGCAACCUCACAAGCACCCCUGAGGAAGUUCCCAUUCCCCUGCACAUGCUGGAUGGCUCCUGCAGGACAAAGUAUGGCCUCUCGACAGCCCCCAGUCUCUCCCUCAGGCCAGGUGCCCUCCUGGCCUCCCUGGCUCCCCUGUUCCUCAGCCUGCAUUUUCUGUGAUGCUCAGAAGCCAGUACCUGCCAGCUUACCAGGAGUGUAGAGAAGCCUCCAUCGGGUGCAGACCUUGGACAGGUUGGGUGGCCUUGGGCUUGGACACACAGUGGAUCUCAAUAAAGCCUUGGCCCCUUCA